AUGGCUGAUUGCAAGGUGGAGUCUCAGGAGGUCCCUGGGUCCGGCGAUAGGAUCCUUGGGGAGGACGUGACCUUUCUUCCUAAAAAAGAAAGUUUGAAGAAUGGCUCAACCCUCGUAGCUUCUGAUGAGUGUCGUCUACUUUCAAAGGAGGAUUUAAUAAGGUUGGAUAGGGAGCAGCCUGUCUGGCGUCGUAUACGCAUAGCAUUAAUUGCUCUCUUCUGGAUCAUCUGGAUCCUUCUGCUUGCCGCCUCUGUUUUGAUUAUCGUUUUUUCACCAAAAUGUCCACCGCGGCCUACAUUACAGUUCUGGCAAUCGAAAGUCGCCUACUGGUUGAACCCAUUCACAUUUAAGGAUUCUGACGGUGACCUGAUCGGUGAUCUUAACGGCGUUUCCGAGGCAGCAGAUUACAUUGCCGAUAAACUUGGGGCAGGGUUCGUGAUUUUAACUCCCUUAAUGCCAUGGUAUCCCAAGUAUGCGCCGGCUUCUUUCCAGCCGAAUUAUUCGUCGAUUCACCCCGCUCUUGGAACCAUGAAGGACUUUGGAUCAUUGCUCCGCACCCUUAAAAAAAGAGGCAUAGAGACAGUCAUUUCUCUGGAUUUCAAUGGGAUUCCAACGAACCACGAGUGGGCUAGCCGAGCUGGCUUUCUAAUUCCACGACCCGCUUCCAUGAACCCCUCAAGAACAGAGUUCGGGUCUCUUGAAAAUGUCGGCGGCCAAACAUUCUAUUCUACUUAUGGAAAGGGCUCUGGCAUGGUUGAUCUAAAUCUUGCUUCGACUGAUGUCUUGGAGGCCGUAAAGGUAUGGGUUUUGAUGGCUGAUGCCGGAAACAUUGGAUAUGGCGUUAGGACUCAUGAUGAUUCUCUGUCUUUGGCGGGGACUGGGGAACGACCUGGUGCACAUAUGGUGGUCAACCGUUACUUUACCUUCCUCCGCGGAUGGAAGUUGCUCCCGGCGGAUCCGUCACUAACCGACAAAUCUAUUGGAUCGUACGUGGCGAUGAUGAAUUCAACCAAUGUUACCGUCGGCCUUGCGACUGCUUCCCCUUCAAAUAAUCCAUAUUCUGACCUAAUAUCUACCGUCUCGACUUUCCUCUUGCCUGGUACACCUAUCAUAUAUUACGGCUCAGAACUCGGAAUAAAUCCUUCGAACUCGGUUUUGCCGCCCAAUGUCUUUUAUCCUUUCGGUCAAUCUCCCCAACCAAACAGUAGGGAGGACUCAACGAUAGGGAGCUCUCUGCCAAUGCCGUGGGAUUUCACCGGCAAAAAAUUCUCCGUCAAUUCAUCAGUCUCCAUGUAUUUUGAAAAAUACCUAUCCGAGAGUCAUAUAACAGAAACCGUAGAGGCUGUCCUGGCUGCAAAUCGGGGCCCUAACGUUUUCAACCUGACGGCAUCUCUCCUGCGUUUGCGUAAGGAGUAUCCCAGUCUACAAUGGGGUAGUGUUACAAAUGAUAUUUCAGUGGUUAAGCCCAAGCACGUUGAGAUAUUCAAGCGCGCUGCGGAAGGUUUUCCAUCCGUCGUGGCAGUCGUUUUAUUCAAAUCGAAUGUAACAGCGGUACUUGACUUUUCUUCAGUUUGCGAGAAGCUCGUACCCAUUUUCAUGCAACCACCUGCCAGUCUGAUGGAACUUAAGAAGGAACUCUCCUCCAAUGUUGUGUACUUACAGGCGCCGGAGGACUCUGUUUAUGUUUUCCAAUGUUGA